AUGUCCAGCUACUUCGAACCGCUCGCGAAAGGGGUAAUAGAUUCGCUCACUGUUCUUUGGGAGGGGAGAGGACAGCCGCGAAAAAAUAUGGAAGACUCACCUCUCAGUGGAGGAUGCGGCUUUGCUGGCCGUGGCCGCUCUGCGGGCAUCCCCGAGCCAGCCGGAACGCUCACCACCACCACCGAGAAACACCGCACUGGGGAUACUGCACCACCCACCUAUUCCAUGCCAGACUUACCUCUGAAUUCCACCGUUCGUUCUCCAUUGCGAGCUCACUCCGGAAGACGAGCUCCCCGGGCCCGCCAGCAACGCCUCAAACCCCAGCAAACCCUCGACUACGACGACACUCCCGCCACCUGCCUCGUCCACGUUGAACCUCCCCGCUCCCUCCAAAGUGUCCCAAAGACUCGCACGCUUCAUCGGCAUCUCCUCCGCUAUCGCAUUCCUCAGGGCGUCUCCGAGCCUGGUCCCAGUCGGCGUCUUCCCGCCACCUAG